UAAGGUUAAGAAAGGUCACAGUUCUUGAUCCAUAAAAAUCAAACUAAAAUAUCAGCUGUUGACUCAAAAUCCCAUUCUUCUGUUUAGAAUUAGAACUCUCCAUCCCUGCAGUUGCCUGCCACCUCGAGUUUUCUAACCAUUGAUCAGAUCGCCCAUGAUUGCAUCUCUGCAUGUGUUGCUCUGCCAAUCUUGCUGCUAAUUGCACACUUCCCGGUGUCUGUCAGUGUCAACUCAAGAACCGAGGAGGGAGGGAGCAAGCAACCGUGAUCCUCGCUCAGUCCUUCUAGCUCAUCAGAUUAUUGCAGAAGAGAUGGGGUGUGUGUCGUCCAAGAUCCUGGCGAAAUCAGGGAGCUUUCAGGAGAAGGUGGGCAGCAGUCUGGGCCACAGCUUCCAGAGGAGCAGCGCGAUCGAGGAGAUCAUCCUGUCCACCUCCAAGAGCAACGGCGAUCAGUUCCUGGCCCUCCUCCGCGCCUCCACCUCGUCGGCCAGGAAAGCCAAGGAGCCCGCCGAGGCAGCGGCGGCUGCGGUGGCCGAGCCGGCUGCCAAGAUCGAGACGAUCGACGUGUCCGAGCUGCUCGCCGGUCUGGAGGAAGAGGGCUGCUGCACGGCGGAGCAAGCGCGGGAACGGCGGCAGAGCAUCAGUCGCGACGGGCCACCGGCUCCGUGGCCCGCGUCGGACGGCGGAGGCGCGGCCGGGAGGGCGAGGAGCUUCCGCACGGUGGAGGAGUUCGACGCGAUGGUACUGACGCAGCAUCAACAGCAGCAGACGCAGAGCGAGUGCGGCUCGUCGUCGGGACGAGUGACCGUGCUGGCAACCGAGCAGGAGGAGGAGCUCGCUACAGCCACCGCGUCGGCGGCGACGGCCUCGACCGCGGAGGCAGAGCUAUCAGGCGGGUCCGGGUCGAAGGCCGCCGUUGGAGCCAAGAGGCGGGCGAGGGCGCGGCAGCUGGGCGAGCUGAAUGUGCCGGCGGCGGCGGCGGCGUUCGACUUCUCCAUCUCCAAGUCCGGAAGCCUGCGGGAUUGGCUGCGCCAGGGUGGGCAGAUCUUCUCGCCGGGCUCCUACGUCACGCCCAGGUUCGGGACGUCGCCGCCGGCUGAGCGCGGAGGUGCCGCCGCCGGCGACCAGCAGGCGCUGUUCGACCCGGAGCUGGUCGCGCAGUUCGAGCGCGCUAUGGAGCAGCUGUCAGAGGACGAGGGCCGCGUCCUCGACGAGAUCCUCGAGUUUCGUUACAAUGGUAAGAGAGAAAUGGAAACCGACCGCGGCGGCACCGAGGUCAAGAAUAUCCACGGCAAAGACAGCACCAAGACGCUCCUCAAGAGCGAAGCACUCUACGAGUACAUGCUCAACACGAUGGUGCACCCGCGGGAGCACGAGUGCCUGCGCGAGCUCCGCCUCAUCACCCAGCACCACACCUACGGGUUCAUCUCGUCGCCGCCGGACUCGGCGGCGCUGCUGGCGAUGCUGCUGAAGCUGACGGGCGCCCGGAACACGAUCGAGGUGGGCGUCUUCACGGGCUACUCCGUGCUGGCGACCGCGCUCGCCAUCCCGCCCGACGGCCGCGUCGUGGCCAUCGACGUCAGCCGGGAGGACUUCGACCUGGGCCUGCCGGUGCUCACCCGCGCCGGCGUCGCGCACAAGGUCGACUUCCGGGAGGGCCUCGCGUCGGAGCACCUGGACGCGCUGCUCGCCGCCGAGAGCAACCUCGGCGCCUUCGACUUCGCGUUCGUCGACGCCGACAAGGAGAGCUACGGCGGCUACCACGAGCGGCUCCUGCGGCUGGUCCUCGUCGGCGGCGUGCUCGCCUACGACAACACGCUCUGGGGCGGCUCCGUCGCCUUCCCCGACGACGCGCCGCUCACGGACGACGACCGGGAGGUCCGGGACCACAUCAGGGCGUUCAACGCCGUGAUUGCCGCCGACGCGCGCGUUGAGGUCGUGCAGCUCCCCGUCGCCGACGGCAUCACGCUCUGCCGCCGCGUCGUCUGAAGAAAUAUAAUAAACGACCUUUGGCAACCUUUGUGAAGCAAUCUAAUCUACCACGCACCAGAUCAUGUCAAAGUAUGCGACCGACAUACAUAAAUGGAAACAAAAGGUUAAUAUUUGAA